AUGGAUAACACCCAUGAAGACUCCGGAUCAAAUGCCGGCAGUGUUACUGGUGCGCCCACUACCCAACAAACCAGUCGAGGAACCCAAACAGGCGCUGCAAUUACAACACAGCCAGGCUCUUUCCAGCUUUUCGGAAAUUUGCCGCCCGAAUUAAAAUUAAAGAUAUUGAACAUCGCUGCCCGAGAGGUUCCUCGUACCAUCGAGAUGACACCACAAGGAAACCAUCGAGGAUACGCACCUGCGCUACUUGGAGUCAGUCAUAUGGCCCGCGAAGAGGCUUUGAAAGUUUACAUUGCCUUGCGACCAAGAUCUCUACAGCGUAUCUGGUUCAACCCAGACAACGAUACCCUCAUAUUGAAUAUUGCACUAACGCUGUCAACGAUUUCUCGAAUAGCACCACCUGUUCUAACGUCAAUUGCAUUAGCACCAGCUGCAGCGCCUGCCCUGGAUAGACUUUCCUUUUUGCAUAUCGUUAACCCUAGUAACACACCUGACGUCUCGCAAUGGAUGGCUUCCAUGGGAAUUAAAUCGUUUGUAAUCAGGUCAGGAUAUUAA